CCAUCGAAUAGGACGGUCUACAUUCCUUUCCCGAGCAAUCGCCUGGCCAAAGCAGCUUUGCGCACGCUCUGUGUCGACCCAGAGCUGUCCUCUUUGGUCGAAAGGUCUUUCAGUCUGGUGACAGCUUCAUCCGAUGGACAUCUUGAUGAUCCUGCCGCGAAUAUACUGAAGACUGAAUACAAGGCUACGACGAAUCGCAUGCUCAGAGUCUCAGUCAAUGGCUUCUUUGAGUCAUUGGGCACUGUCAUCCAGGUCAUGGAAGAGCUUGAUAUCGAUGUGGUUCAUGAGAAGGGCCUUGACAGCCUCGAAGGCGCACAAGGCGUUGAGCAGGGCAUGACUGGUAGCACAGGAUGGGCUAUCUCGGCCUUGGGCCCUGAAGGUGGAAUGUGA